AUGUGACUCCCUCGAAUUUUAGCCGAAUAGAUAUACAGAAUCAACCAGUUCUAAAAGUGUCCACCAGUUCAACCUCUGAAUCCACCGAUCGGUCACCGUUUGGUUUUCGCAACACUAUUUUUUCAAGUGAAAAAAGAAACCGUUUCCCCUGAUUUCAUUUGAAAACACAAACACAGAGGAUUUCAAUGGCGGAUGAUAGCAACCGCAGCGUGAGACUGCUAUGCCGCCCGAAGCAGCUCAACACAAAAGGAUCCGACCCGGGAAUCCAUUUCUGGCUUAUCGGAUCCCCAUUCUUCCCGCCACUCACCGUCGCCUCCUUCCUCCGCCGCAUCCACACGCUCCCCUCCUCCGCUUCCCCCGAUUUGCCCAAAGAAUCUGAGGACCUUCGAACACUCAUCCCCAAAGGCUUCGAAGUCGUUGGAGCCCUAGCUUCUGGGGACGAUACCCACGCUCGCACGGCCGUUGACGCCGCGCGUGCAUUGAUGAACCUUCUCUACGGCGACGGAACAGAUCGACCGGUUAUCGGAGCGGUUUGCGGCUCGGAUUCCGGCGAGCUGCGGUUUGUUGUGUCAGAGAGUGAAAAUGCGACGGGACUCGAAUCUGUUUCGUCGGUAAUAGAGGAAAGGGAUUCGGAGAAGUUUGUGUGGGAGAAUGGUUGCUUGCUUCACUGCGAGCUUCCAAUUAAGUUGCCACUCUAUUAUAGUCUCAAGAAUCCAACUGAUGUUGAGAAAUCAUAUGCACAGGUUACUGAAUCUGUUAUUGCCAAGUUAAGAGACCCUCAGGCUGUGUACAUGUUAGAAAUGUCAAACAAAGCCUCCCGGGAUAUAUCUCCUCCUGUCAUAAUUCGAGGUGUACAAUUAGACUUUAGCACAGACCUCUCCAAGAUCAAGCCUUUGGCUGAGGAUGAUGAUGGCUUCAAUGCAAGCUCACUAUCAUGUUCAUACUUUUCCAUCAGCAGUAAAGCAGGCUCACCAGUUUUUUCUGCAGAGAAUGCAGAUACUAUCCAAGUUAGUGUUCUCUUUAAUAGCUUAGGGUCAUCAUCAGCUUCUACUGUGCCUGUUGCAGAAUACUUUCCAGUCCAGGAAGAAACUAGACUCCUUGUUGUGGAUAUCAAGCUAGAUGUACUCUGCUAUUCUUCCAGGGAGCUUCCACUGAAAUAUGCAGUUUCAAAUUUAAUCAUACCUGGCUUAGUUGACCAAUUAAAUGUAGUGCAGAAGUUGAUGUUGCCUAACCUUUUGGCACAACACCCUCGGCUAAAAUCUUAUCACUUUAGUCCUCCUGGGAUUCUACAUCCAAUAACAGUUUUCUAUGAACUGAGUUUUGGGGAGACAGAAAUGAAGCAAGUUGAAGUUAGGAGAUCCUUGCACUCAAGGUUGGGAUUACCGUAUGAUCGUCCCCUUCUAAGAAUUUCUAAUGCCUUGGAUUUUUCAAAAUUGAAGAACAAUGAUAUGGUCUCUCUACAGAAAGGUUCAACUUUGCUCAGAGAUGUACACAUUGGGAUUCCAAGUAGCGGGGUUACUGGGGGAACUGUUUCCCUUGUUCAAGGUUCAUAUGAAUACUUCCAUUAUCUUCACAAUGGUUAUAAUGAUUCGGGAUGGGGUUGUGCUUACCGCUCUCUCCAGACUAUCAUUUCAUGGUUCCGACUUCAAAACUAUACAUCCAUAGAAGUUCCUUCUCAUAGGGAAAUACAGCAGACACUUGUUGAAAUUGGUGAUAAAGACCCUUCUUUUGUUGGAUCACGAGAUUGGAUCGGUGCCAUUGAAUUGAGCUUUGUUUUGGACAAACUUCUGGGUGUUACGUGCAAAGUCAUCAAUGUUAGAUCUGGAGCUGAGCUUCCAGAAAAAUGUCGAGAGCUAGCGAUGCACUUUGAAAACCAAAGUACACCUGUUAUGAUUGGUGGUGGUUUACUUGCAUAUACACUCUUGGGAGUGGAUUACAAUGAAGCAAGUGGAGAUUGUGCAUUUUUAAUACUUGAUCCCCACUAUACAGGUUCGGAUGACCUAAAGAAAAUAGUCAAUGGAGGAUGGUGUGGGUGGAAAAAGGCUGUUGAUAGCAAGGGAAAGAAUUUCUUCUUGCAUGAUAAGUUUUAUAAUCUCCUGCUGCCACAGAGACCCAACAUGGUUUGAGGCCUAGCUUCUAUUGAAAGAGAGUUCCCAAUUGACACCAAUUUCUUGCAGUGGUAGAGUAAUUUUUCACUUUAGUUAUAUGUGGUUGGGAGUGUAAAGUUAACAGGUAAUUCGUUGCCUCACUUUUGGGUUAUUAAUGUUUUGUAAUUGGAAUCCUGUGACUAAAAGUCUAUAACCAAGAUUUAUCCUGUGACCUGAAUCUUACGGGGAGCUACUUGUGGCUAAAUCUUAGGCAAAAUAUGUUUCAGACUUGGGGAAGGUAGGAUUAAAUCAAUUUUCGUGAAAUACCUUUUGAAGUUUUCGAUACACAUGGUAAAGAGAGAUCUGAAGCUGUCCAUAUCUGUGACUGUGAGCUGGGUCCAAUCAAUCUUAGAGGCAUUACUAUUAAA